UUAUGUGCUACUUCGGCGAUGCUCUUCAGCUAUAAAUAUAAUUCCUGUAUUUCCGCCACAACUUCUCAGAUGCAUUCACUGUGGGCGUGAUAAUGCACUAAGUGUAAUUUGUUUAUGAUUAUUUGUUCUAGUAGCAAGACUUUGGUAUUGUGAGACAACUACGAAACACACCAGGUAUUAUCGGGUGAAUUUUAAACAUUCAUAGGAUGGCAGCACCAAGAGCACAGGUGGUGUGUCGACCACACGGAUAUAGCAAGUGUCCAUCACACACCGGUCAGAAGUUGUCGUUAUGCUGUAUAAAUUGUGAUACACUUGUAUGUGUACGAUGUGUUACAUCUAGAUUUCACAGAGGUCAUGAGUUCGAAGACUUGAGUGAGGCAGUGCAGAGAGAAACUGAGAAAUUACAACAAAUCCUCAACACCAACGAAAACAGUGAUCUCGUUCAGAUAAAAAACGAUGUGAGUAGUAUAAAAAUAGAGAUGGCCAAGAAUAAAGUCAAACACGACAACAUUUCUGCUUUGAUCAAGUUGAGAGUGCGUGAAAUAAAGGAGGAAGCUGACAAGCAGGCGGAGAUUUUGCUCGGUGAUUGUGAGGAGAACGAGACAGAGAAUCAUGGUAGGUUGCUGGACUAUCAGGCUAGACUUGAGAAUCAGCAGAGAGAUUGUGAGGAACAAAUAAAUAUGUUAAAAAUGACACUUCAGUCUGGGAAUGAGAUCGGAGUGUUCGACACUAGACAUAGUACUAAAAGUUUCGUUCUGGGAUCCGCUCCUCUUAAACUAGCAGCGUAUCAACCAUCUACAUCUGUAUCUGAAGUGGUCAGUAUGGCGCUCGGAUCUUUGGUUUGGCCAAUGAAGCAGUCAAAAGAACAAAGGCCGACAUCAAGACCAUUGAAACACAAUCCAACAGCUGAACGAUGGCAACAAUGGCCAAAAGCAGAACGACUGCAGGCAGCAAGUCGUAUCGUGUCGGGCGGAAAUGAACCAAGGAAGCACCGACGACGCCCACCAAGAAACGAAUCUAGGGAGAAAUUUUUAGCAGAAUUCACCAACAAUUUUGAUCGAUUGACGGAUCUGAUGCAAAUAGCAUCAAGUGACGAAGACUCUGAUACAGGAGCAUCGAAAGACGAUGUUAAUGAUGAACUAGAGGAAAUAAUUCGACGACACCUCAACAAUAAUUAAAAGCGGAUGAAAUAGCCGUUCUGAUGAUGUCGUUGCCGAUUGCCGUUUCCUGGCUGGUCCUUAAACAGGAGUUCGGAUACCAAUGGUUGAAUGUGUUUAAACAAGAGUUCGAAUAUCCAUGGUUAAAUGUGUUUGAACAGGAGUUCGGAUACCCAUGGUUGAAUGUGUUUAAACAGGAGUUCAAAUACCUAUGGUUGAAUGUGUUUGAACAGGAGUUCGGAUACCCAUGGUUGAAUGUGUUUGAAAAAGAGUUCGGAUACCCAUGGUUGAAUGUGUUUGGACAGGAGUUCGGAUACCCAUGGUUGAAUGUGUUUGAACAGGAGUUCGGAUACCCAUGGUUGAAUGUGUUUGAUCAUUUGGAAGUCCGGGAAGAAAUAAUGCAUUCAUAGUGUACUGAUUUCGUACAGGGAAACAUGUUAUUUCAUUCCCUUUAGGAAUUAAAAAAUAAUUAAAAUCAUUCAUAUGCAUAACUUUGAAGUGUACUAUUGUAUAGCAUUGAUUAAACGUUUAGCAAGACCAACUAACGAACGGCGGAGCGUUUCUUCACGUCACCUUUUUUAUCAGCCGUCUGUAAACAGUUUGCCUGUCCGCAGGUUCCUGACGACAUUCUUUACAAUUAGUAACAUGUAUAUCGUUUGUAGUUUAAUCAUCUAUAUAUAUAAUCUGAGAUUCACACAUAAUUAUCAUGUUUUAUACCUUUAAGCAGGGCACUUUUGAAACAAUAUCAGCUUAGUUUGUUUGCCUCAUUUACAGGAAAAUAGCUUCCUCUCAUUCAUUUUUCACCAUUCAUCUUUUUAGGUAUAACCUUUUUGAUAUAGCUUCAGAUAUUCUUGCCGGUUAGCUAAAAGCUACUAUAAUUUGAACUAUGGGAAGCGGUGUGGUUAACUUACAGUUUUUACGUUUUAGCUUUAUCAAAAGUUUCAUAUUGUUUUCCAUUUCAAUUUUUCCCAUGUACAAUUUAGGCAAAUCUGUAUUGUUCAUUAUUGGAUUUACCUACAAUUUUAAUUCCUUGUACUCUAUCUUACAGUAAAGAUAUAAACUACACUUUUAAUUCCUUGUACUCUAUCUUACUGUAAAGAUAUAAACUACACUUUUACUUCCUUGUACUCUAUCUUACAGUAAAGAUAUAAACAACACUUUUAAUUCCUUGUACUCUAUCUUACAGUAAAGAUAUAAACUACACUUUUAAUUCCUUGUACUCUAUCUUACAGUAAAGAUAUAAACUACACUUUUAAUUCCUUGUACUCUAUCUUACAGUAAAGAUAUAAACUACACUUUUAAUUCCUUGUACUCUAUCUUACAGUAAAGAUAUAAACUACACUUUUAAUUCCUUGUACUCUAUCUUACAGUAAAGAUAUAAACUACACUUUUAAUUCCUUGUACUCUAUCUUACAGUAAAGAUAUAAACUACACUUUUAAUUCCUUGUACUCUAUCUUACAGUAAAGAUAUAAACUACACUUUUAAUUCCUUGUACUCUAUCUUACAGUAAAGAUAUAAACUACACUUUUAAUUCCUUGUACUCUAUCUUACAGUAAAGAUAUAAACUACACUUUUAAUUCCUUGUACUCUAUCUUACAGUAAAGAUAUAAACUACACUUUUAAUUCCUUGUACUCUAUCUUACAGUAAAGAUAUAAACUACACUUUUAAUUCCUUGUACUCUAUCUUACAGUAAAGAUAUAAACUACACUUUUAAUUCCUUGUACUCUAUCUUACAGUAAAGAUAUAAACUACACUUUUAAUUCCUUGUACUCUAUCUUACAGUAAAGAUAUAAACUACACUUUUAAUUCCUUGUACUCUAUCUUACAGUAAAGAUAUAAACUACACUUUUAAUUCCUUGUACUCUAUCUUACAGUAAAGAUAUAAACUACACUUUUAAUUCCUUGUACUCUAUCUUACAGUAAAGAUAUAAACUACACUUUUAAUUCCUUGUACUCUAUCUUACAGUAAAGAUAUAAACUACACUUUUAAUUCCUUGUACUCUAUCUUACAGUAAAGAUAUAAACUACACUUUUAAUUCCUUGUACUCUAUCUUACAGUAAAGAUAUAAACUACACUUUUAAUUCCUUGUACUCUAUCUUACAGUAAAGAUAUAAACUACACUUUUAAUUCCUUGUACUCUAUCUUACAGUAAAGAUAUAAACUACACUUUUAAUUCCUUGUACUCUAUCUUACAGUAAAGAUAUAAACUACACUUUUAAUUCCUUGUACUCUAUCUUACAGUAAAGAUAUAAACUACACUUUUAAUUCCUUGUACUCUAUCUUACAGUAAAGAUAUAAACUACACUUUUAAUUCCUUGUACUCUAUCUUACAGUAAAGAUAUAAACUACACUUUUAAUUCCUUGUACUCUAUCUUACAGUAAAGAUAUAAACUACACUUUUAAUUCCUUGUACUCUAUCUUACAGUAAAGAUAUAAACUACACUUUUAAUUCCUUGUACUCUAUCUUACAGUAAAGAUAUAAACUACACUUUUAAUUCCUUGUACUCUAUCUUACAGUAAAGAUAUAAACUACACUUUUAAUUCCUUGUACUCUAUCUUACAGUAAAGAUAUAAACUACACUUUUAAUUCCUUGUACUCUAUCUUACAGUAAAGAUAUAAACUACACUUUCAAUUCCUUGUACUCUAUCUUACAGUAAAGAUAUAAACUAAACUUCCAUGUUGGUCAAAUAUGCAAUUCGGAAAAUAUAAUAAAACAUAUUCUGUUGCGAUUAAUUAGUUGAUGUUUCAGCUAUUGUUCGGGUAGGGUGAUUGGACUACGGGACUGUAAGAAUGUUCAAGACAACUGACUGUAUUUAUCGUUUCGACUCGUGGUGCCGAUUUAUUCUUUGCUUGUUAAUGUUGUCGGAUUUGUUUUAUUCACCUAAAUCAAAAACGUGGGAGAUUUCCGCCAAGAAAAAUUAACCAGUAAGAAGAGUAUUGUUAACCUUGCCAAUGCUUGCUAGGCUUUAGAUAACGAUUAAUUCCUUAUAUUUACAUCUCUCCCUUGUUCAGCUUAGUAAACGAUGACUGCGUAUAAAUGAGCGUAUACGCAAUGAAACGCAAUGAAAAUAAGGCUCGGCGGAAAUAUUCCUGUUUUAAAUAUGGCACCGUUCACGCUUCAGCGACAUAACUGUUCGAUGACAGCCAUUAUUUGGUUCCUUCAACAUCUAGAAACAUGGAACAUAUUCGGUAUCCAUAAUGUCUGAUUAUAUAACAAAGGAAUGCUGGCAAACGUCUUAUUACAUGGAUGAACAUUCAAAAUUCUUUGACUGUAAAGUAAACAAUGGCAGCUUCCUUUUGCGACGUUCGACCGCGUCGCUACCAGCGCAGUUAGUCUAAGCAUAGACCUAAAUUUACUUUAGGUCUCUGGUCCUAGUGUGUAAAUGCGUGUACAUAACGACCGUUAUAAAUGAAUAGAUAAGUUCUAAGUGCUACUAAUAAUAUUCAAUCAUAAAUUUAAAUGCGACGAAUAGAGAAAAAUAGUGUUGUUCACUGCGUAUUUUCUAAAUUUACCCAAAUAUCAAUGUAGAUUCACCGGAGCUAUAUCAUCCUAGCAACCACGGCUAUCGUGGUUACCAUCGAAGCAACUCGUUUCGAUUGUCUUUUUCUUUGCAAAGCAUUUUAUCAUUAUUUAAGAUGUAAAUAAAAGGAUUGACCUUCAUUUUGACGGCGUAUACGGUAGUAUGAACGCAGUUGACAACGAACAUAUUAUUUAUGGAGCGCGUAACCGUAUGUGCCGUCAAAAUGCAGGUCAAUCCUAAAUAUUUUAUGUUUAAUUAUUUAAAAUGAUAUUAUGUUUGAUAUGACAUGUUAUUCAUUUCAUAUCACAUGUAGCGUGAUUCCUUAUAAUUCAUUUAUAAUUUCUUUUUACAUUAAAACAUAAAAUAACAAUGCAUUAACUAACUAUAGUAACACAUAUAUAAUCUAGUUCAUUGGUGCUUAAUCGGUCUGCUAUGUGUAUUCUAUACUAUUUUUAGUGCAUUAAGAUAUAAACGUUGAAUUGUGUCUAUUAUUUAUCAUAUAAACAUAUAACUAGUGCAUAUUUCUAUAUUUUUCAUACAAUAACAUGAAAUCGAUGUCAUAUUGAUCUAUCAUUAAACAAUUAGUCGAGGAAAAGUUUAACGCAUUUCCAAAUUAAUAGUUACGUUAAUUUGUGUGUCAGGUUAUAAUACGUCAUCUUUUCCCCUGCAUAUCCUUUCUUGAUAUUACUGAUGCAACACCAAAAACGUGAAAAUGGUACAUUGUUCCGUAAAUGAGCUCUUGAAGCAUAGACAUUUUUUUAGCUAUAACUUGCAUUUUACUAGGCUGAUCUGGUUCAAACUAUGGAUAUUUAUUCAGAGAACCUUAGGUCACAAUACUAGAAGAACAAAUAAGGUAUAAUCAUUCCUUAUUUUUAUUUAUAUGUGUACGUUAAAAUGUAUAUGUUUAUGAAAUUGCAUUUCAUUAUUUUGCCCGAUUUCUUUGUUACAUUGAUCUUGUUCAUUAUAAAAUUACUAUACCAGGCAUGUCAUGAACUUUUGUAUAGUUUAUAAUUUAAUGCGGAUCCUUUUCACAUAACACAAUUUCUUUUCUAGGUAACCCCCAUUUCUC